UGAUUUCAAAGCAAACCCAAUAAAGAAAUACCAGAGAACAGAUAGAGAUAGCUUGCAGGGCCCGUUUACAGAGUGUCAAGGAAAGGAACUCAUUACUUCAUUCUUACACACACAAGAGCCCACAAUAAUCAAUAAUGCCAAUGCCAAAGAAGCGAAAGGGAAAGAAGAAAAAGAAGGGAAGGCCCGCCAACAGCCAUUCAACAACUAACUCUCAACAGGGGAAUGAUGGUCUGAAAAUUUAUGAUGGGAAAGACAGUGAUGUUGGUGAAACCAGCCACCUUAAGUCAGAGCCACUCCAUCGCCAAUUAGGCAAGGGCAAAGAACAGGAAGAGGUAGAUAGUAAGGGUUGGGAAUCUCAUCCUUUUUCGCCGUUUGUCAUCCUCAAACUUAAUCGGAUGGAAACUUCCCAAAAUGGCACCGGCAAUGGUGAAGUGGAAAGUAAGCAGAUGAAGGUGCUGGAGGAGGAGGAGGAGGUUGUUCAGGAUAUUGAGAUUACUAGGGAGUUGAAGCCGGAAGUGCUGGAGGAGAGUGAGGUUGUUGAGGAUAUUCAGCCUGAAGAGGAUUCUGAGAGCAAGGAUGCCAAUAUUGAGUCUGUUGAGCGAGAUGCUGGUAGCGCUAGUUGUAGUAGGAAUUUCGAUGAGGAAUCUCGGUUGGAGGAUAAUAAUUCCCUGGUGAUGGAGUCAGAGAAGGUGGAAGAAGAGAAGAGUGAUUCAGUCAUGGAAACUGUGGCUGAUGUUUAUUCGGCUGGGGAAUUGGUGGAGGAGAAGAGUGCUAAUUCAGUUAUGGAAACUGUGUCUGAUGUUGAAUUGGCAGGGAAGUUGGAGGAGGAGGAGAAGAGUGAUGGUUCAGUUACAGAAGCUGCACCUGCUGUUGAUUCGGCUGAGCCAGUCGUGUCGCUGGAUGAGGAGGUGACUCAGAGUUCUGUAUCCACUUCGGGUGUUGAUGCUGGGGUGUCUAAUGAGAUUGGUUUGGAAUCGAAGGAUAAAGAAGAGAUGCCAUUGCCAUUGUCAAACGAAACUACUCCGGCAUCAGAUGUGAAUGAUUCGAUGGAAACAAAAAUUGAGGAUAGAAUGUUGCAAUAUUCUGAUGCUCCAAUUAUUGAAACUAGUGGUUCUGGCAGUGCUGAACUACCCGAAGAGCCUGUGAUUCCAGAAAGCUCAGAAAACCAGCCAUUGUUGGGUGCAAUUUCUUCACCAGUAGAGAGGACUUCUUGGAAAAGUUGCUGCGGCAUAUUUGAUGUUGUGAGAAGCUCAGAUAGAUAAGACCAGGUGAAUAAGAACUCUAAGGAACUUGUUCCUUUUUAAAAUUAAGAUCUCCCUGAUCCUUUUCUUAACUUGAUGAACUCUGUGUGUUCUGUAUUGGAAAUUCUUGCUUGGGGAUUGCAGAACUGUAUCUGCACUAGUAUACUACUUUUAUUGCUGUUGUAAUGCACUCUACAUGAUAUUACAUGUUCAUUUUGCUUGCUUGUCCAUCUGAUUACUAGACAACCAGUAUGAUGGAUUCAAAUUCAAAUUGUUAUUAGUUAGUUCUAUAUGUGAUUGGGGAAAUUGGAAUUAUAUGCAAAAUGUGAUUUUACUUUCAAGUUCAAACAAUUUUCAUGCAUAAUUUUCAAGAGAAAACUUCAGAGGGGGGG